AUGACCGAAGUUAACCUUAAAAGAUCAUCGUCCAACACAUGGUUAAUGAUUUUGAAACCUAUUGUGCAGAGACGUAUCAAUGCACUAUUGAAUUUACAGGCAGAUUAUUUUCGAGUACGUGUUAAAUUUUAUGAAAAAUUGCACACAAUUCAACAAAAAUAUUUUCCAGAAUUUGAACAUCUCUAUCAAAAACGCUGUAGUAUUAUUAAUGGUCAGUAUGAACCAAGUGAAUAUGAAUCACGCGUUGACUGGUCAACAAUGACAUCAACAAAGCAAGAAUCUGAUUCAAUUAUCUCCAUUGAGAAAAAGUUUGAUCAAAUGUCAACAAAUACAAGUUUAUAUAGUGAAAUAAAUUGUGUUGAAAACACAGAAAAAGGUAUACCAAAAUUUUGGUUAACAAUAUUGAAAAUGAUGGACGCAUUUAAUUAUAACGUGAAAUCACAGGAUGAACCGGCGCUUGAACAUUUAGUCGAUAUUCGAUAUCAAUCGAGUACAGAUUUCAAAGCACCGGGAUACACAUUAGAAUUUCUAUUUUCAUCAAAUAAAUAUUUUACAAAUAGUAUACUAACGAAACAGUACGAUAUUCGAGUAAAUAUUGACGAAACUAAACCGUAUCAUUACGAGGGACCUGAAGUGGUCAACUGUAAAGGAUGUGUAAUCAAUUGGAAUUCUGAACAUGAUUUGACAAUAAAAAUGAGAAAGAAACGGGUGAGAGAACGAAAAACGGGUGUGAUGAGAACAAUUAUUAUUAAAGAAAAAAUAAAAUCAUUUUUUAAUUUUUUUGAUCCACCGAUAAUACCUGAAGGAGGAAUUUAUGAUAUGGAAGAAGAAGAACAAAUGAUUUUGGAAGCGGAUUUUGAAUUUGGAAUAAUGUUAAAACAGAAAAUAUUACCACGAGCUGUUCUCUAUUAUACAGGAGACAUAAAAAAUUUUCUUGACGAAGAAUUUGAUCAAGACCAAUCAAAUAAUCAAGAAGAUCGAUCUCCAACGUCCACAUCAUCAUCAUCACAAUAG